GGCACACGGGCUUUGAGACAACCAGGGGUGCAGAGACAAUCACAAAGAGUGCGUAGGCCAGCCCUGGUCACAGAGUGCACCGUAUCCUGUCACUUCUGCGUGUGAGGGGUGAAAGUGAGUCAUCUCAUUCCCCUCCGUGGAUCCAAGGACUUGGGCUAGAUAGAAGCAUGUGGUGUCUCCUGCGAGGCCUGGGCCGGCCUGGAGCCCUGGCACGGGGAGCCCUGGGGCAGCAGCAACCCCUGGGUGCCCGGGCCCUGGCCAGCGCGGGCUCCGAGAGCCGGGACGAGUACAGCUACGUGGUGGUGGGCGCGGGCUCGGCGGGCUGUGUGCUGGCCGGGAGGCUCACAGAGGACCCUGCCGAGCGCGUGCUGCUGCUGGAGGCGGGGCCCAAGGACGUCCGCGCGGGGAGCAAGCGGCUCUUGUGGAGGAUCCACAUGCCCGCGGCCCUGGUGGCCAACCUGUGCGACAACAGGUACAACUGGUGCUACCACACAGAGGCGCAGCAGGGCCUGGACGGCCGCGUGCUGUACUGGCCACGCGGUCGCGUCUGGGGCGGCUCCUCAUCCCUCAACGCCAUGGUCUACGUUCGUGGGCACGCCGAGGACUACGAGCGCUGGCAGCGCCAGGGCGCCGGUGGCUGGGACUACGCGCACUGCCUGCCCUACUUCCGCAAGGCGCAGGGCCACGAGCUGGGCGCCAGCCGGUACCGGGGCGCUGAUGGCCCGCUGCGGGUGUCCCGGGGCAAGACCAACCACCCGUUGCACUGCGCAUUCCUGGAGGCCGCACAGCAGGCCGGCUACCCGCUCACCGAGGACAUGAAUGGCUUCCAGCAGGAGGGCUUCGGCUGGAUGGACAUGACCAUCCAUGAAGGCAAACGGUGGAGUGCAGCCUGUGCCUACCUGCACCCAGCACUGAGCCGCACCAACCUCAAGGCCGAGGCCCAGACACUUGUGAGCAGGGUGCUGUUUGAGGGCACCCGUGCAGUGGGUGUGGAAUAUGUCAAGAAUGGCCAGAGCCACAGGGCUUACGCCAGCAAGGAGGUGAUUCUGAGUGGAGGUGCCAUCAACUCUCCACAGCUGCUCAUGCUCUCUGGCAUCGGGAAUGCUGAUGACCUCAAGAAACUGGGCAUCCCUGUGGUGUGCCACCUACCUGGGGUUGGCCAGAACCUGCAAGACCACCUGGAGAUCUACAUUCAGCAGGCAUGCACCCGCCCUAUCACCCUCCAUUCAGCACAGAAGCCCCUGCAGAAGGUCUGCAUUGGUCUGGAGUGGCUCUGGAAAUUCACAGGGAACGGAGCCACUGCCCAUCUGGAAACAGGUGGGUUCAUCCGCAGCCAGCCUGGGGUCCCCCACCCGGACAUCCAGUUCCAUUUCCUGCCAUCCCAAGUGAUUGACCACGGGCGGGUCCCCACUCAGCAGGAGGCUUACCAGGUACAUGUGGGGCCCGUGCGGGGCACAAGUGUGGGCUGGCUCAAACUGAGAAGUGCCAAUCCCCAGGACCACCCUGUGAUCCAGCCCAACUACUUGUCAACAGAAACUGAUAUUGAGGAUUUCCGUCUGUGUGUGAAGCUCACCAGAGAAAUUUUUGCACAGGAAGCCCUGGCUCCGUUCCGAGGGAAAGAGCUCCAGCCAGGAAGCCACGUUCAGUCAGAUAAAGAGAUAGAUGCCUUUGUGCGGGCAAAAGCCGACAGCGCCUACCACCCCUCGUGCACCUGUAAGAUGGGCCAGCCCUCCGAUCCCACUGCCGUGGUGGAUCCGCAGACAAGGGUCCUCGGGGUGGAAAACCUCAGGGUUGUCGAUGCCUCCAUCAUGCCUAGCGUGGUCAGCGGCAACCUGAAUGCCCCCACAAUCAUGAUCGCAGAGAAGGCAGCUGACAUUAUCAAGGGGCGGCCUGUACUCUGGGACAAAGAUGUCCCUGUCUACAAGCCCAGGACGCUGGCCACCCAGCGCUAAGACAGUUGCUGCUGGAGGAUGACCAGGGAAGCCCCCUGAUAAGCCAAGAGGGCCAGCACAGCCCUUGCUCCCAGGUGCCUUCCUGAAACUAUCUAGCACACUGGGACCCAGGUGGUACCCUACUCAGUGGCUGAGAAUUGGAUAAAUUCUUGGGAAAUGAGACAAGUACUGGGCAGUGAAUCGAGCUCCUUUUCCCCAGCCUUUCCCUGUGGGCCAUUUGGGGAAGGCCAGCAUUCAGGCUCAGAUGCUUCUCCCUGCCUCCUGGAGGGACAGAAGGGGAGGAUGGUUAACUCCUGCCACAUCCUUUGUCUUGUGUUCACAUGGCAUUCUCUAACCCAGGGCAGUGGUUCCUUCCCAGGCCAUGCACAGAGGCUGGGUGCCUGCCAGACCCGCAGAGGGUUCGCCAAGGAAGGGGCAUCCUCCUCCUCGAGUUGCAAGCUUUAGCUGAGGCAGUGAGUCACACAGUAGUUAGUUCAGCCUCGGCUGGCACAUAAGUCUCCAGUGUCCCUGUUCAGAGGGGAAAGUUGCCUGCUGGUAGAAAAACUGGCUUUUCCAUUCUCGCUUUCUAAUUUCACUCUCAGAGUAAGGCAGGUAACGGGGGCUUGGCUGGGUCACUCGGAGAGGGGUGUGGCUCUGGUUAUUAUUAAACUGGGGCCAGGUGCAGUGACUCACACCUGUAAUCCCAGCACUUUGGGAAGAUCACUUGAGCUCAGGAGUUCAAGACCAGCCUGGGCAACAUAGUGAGUCCUUGUCCCUGGAAAACAGUUAGCUCGGCAUGGUGGUGUAUACCUGUAGUCCCAGCUACUCAGGAGGCUGAGGCGAGAGGAUGGCUUGAGUCCAGGAGGUCGAGGCUCCUGUGAACCCUGAUUGUACCACUGCACUCCAGCCUGGGUGACAGGGUAAGACCCUGUCUCCAAAA